GGAGGAGGAACAGACCGACUCAGACGGGAGGAGGGGUCUGGAGAAGCCGGGGUCGAGCCGGCCGUCUCUGGAGCGCGGCCUCCGGGCGCCCGGGCUGCCUCCUUUCCUUCCCUUGCCUGGCAUAACGCUUGGCACCGCUUGGCACCGCAGCGGGCGUCCUAUGAAGGAGCCCCGGCCGAGGUCUGCUGGGCCGAUGGAGGGCGUGGGGGGUUCGGGGGUCUCGGCGCUGGAGAAGAGCGUGGCGGACCUGACGGUGAUGGACGUCUACGACAUCGCCUCCCUGGUGGGCCAGGAGUUCGAGCGUCUCAUCGACCAGCACGGCUGCGAGGCCAUCGGGCGGCUGAUGCCCAAGGUGGUGCGGGUGCUGGAGAUCCUGGAGGUGCUGGUCAGUCGCGACCACAUCAGCCCCGAGGUGGAGGAGCUGCGCCUGGAGCUCGACCGGCUCCGCCUGGAGCGCGUCGACCGGCUGGAGAAGGAGAGGAAGCACCAGAAGGAGCUGGAACUGGUGGAGGAUGUUUGGCGAGGAGAGGCCCAGGACCUCCUCACCCAGAUUGCCCAGCUUCAAGAGGAGAACAAGCAGCUGAUGACCAACCUCACCAACAAGGAUGUGAACUUCUCGGAGGAAGAAUUCCAGAAGCACGAAGGGAUGUCAGAAAGAGAGAGGCAAGUGAUGAAAAAGCUGAAGGAAGUGGUUGACAAACAGCGGGAUGAAAUCCGGGCGAAGGACAGAGAACUGGGACUUAAAAAUGAAGAUGUAGAAGCACUCCAGCAGCAGCAAAACAGGUUGAUGAAGAUAAAUCAUGAUCUGCGGCACCGGAUUACCGUCGUGGAAGCUCAGGGGAAGGGCUUGAUUGAGCAGAAAGUAGAGCUGGAAGCCUAUUUGCAAACCAAAGAGCAAGAGAUGACGGCGUUGAGAGCGGAGCUGGGGAAAAUGAGGGAGAAACUCCAAGGGGAACCGAGUCACAACGGAGAAGCAGCACAGCCGGAAGAGCCCAAGAACGCCGAGGAAUUCCUCUCGGAAGCGGAGAAGACUGCUUUGGAUUUGAAAGACCCCAAUCGGCCCAGAUUCACCCUACAAGAGCUGCGGGACGUCCUACACGAGAGGAACGAGCUGAAAUCCAAGGUCUUUCUUCUUCAAGAGGAGCUUCUGUAUUACAAGAGUGACGAAUUGGAUGAAGAGACCCGAUCGGCUCAGCCACCAGCCAUCCUUAAUUCCAAACCGUUGACUCCGCAAGAAUCUGGCAUCAAACGAUUGAUCUUUACUGCCGUUAUGCCUAUGGUUGCUGCCGGAUUGAUCCCGGACGAUCCCACAUUGCAGCCAAUCAGAAGACUUAUGUCUCUUGUAGGGACUCUGGAUUUUGAAUGUUUUUGUUUUUAUAUCCCUUUUCCCCGCCUUCGCUAUAUAGUUCGUAUGUCCCCACCCCGGGUUUUUUUGCAUGCCCUGCUGUCGUUUAAUUCCCCCCCCCCUCUAACUCCCGCUGUGUUCUUGUUGGCUGACUGUGGGAUCAUAGAAAAACCCCAACCCCCAAAUGAGAAAAACGGGGGGGCUAAGAACACACCUGGGGUGCCAGGUGUGGCCCUUGUGGGAAUAUUUUUAAUUGCACUUCUGUCUCGAUUGCAACAACUUCGGUGUUGGAGACAAUAACUUGCAAGAAUUUGGCCCAUCCUCCUGUCUAUUUGGUGCUCCAAGAAUUUCCCGGGCCCUUCUAUCUACCUUCUACAGGUAACCCUUGACUUACGACCAUUCAUUUAGCGUACAGCGGGGUUGAAAAAACAACGCCCUCGCACUUACAGCAUCCCUGCAGAUCCUGUGAUUGCAACCGGCAUGUACUGUAUUUACGACGACCCUGGGCUCACGGGAGUGGCGUUGUACGACUUUCCCAGCUGGUUUCCAACAAGCAAAAUUAGGGCAGAAUCCGGGCAAGGAAGCUCACGAACAGCGAUCCCGCGUCUCGCUUAACCACCGAAGCCAAAAGGUCGUAAAAUUGGGUGUAGGUCCCAUGUCUUUAACGACCGCAGUGCUUAGAGGUGAAUUCUCUGCACCCCAUUGGCGUAGUAAGUCACGGGCUAACCCGUAUAAGGGUUUUCCAGCCUCCUUCAUAUUAUCUGAUUCAGCUUCUCCAAGAAAACAGCAUAUCUAUAUCUAUUUUUCUCAGUAGUUUGAAUGUUUAUAUAAACAUUCCUGGAUGUUUAAAAUACCUUUAAAUCUUCUGUGACGUCGCAGGAUGCUCAGCCCAUGACCGAGAGUCCUUCCGAGGUGGUGCAGUGGUUAGGGUGCAGUACUGCAGGCCACUUCAGCUGA